GUUAGGAAUUAUAAAAGUCAUGAUCAUAUUCUGCAACAUGUUGAUACGUGGAAAGGAAACGCGGGAUUAGAUUUCAACACUUCUUUCAGAGAAUCAUCACUGAGAAUUUAAUUAGGUUUAUUCGGUUUAGGGCAGAACAGUUCAAAUAGAGCCUUCAAUUUGUCUGCUUUUGUUUCCACAGACACUGACUGACCUGCUAAGCGUGUUCAGCAUUUUAAAUAUUUUUUUAGAUAUAUAGCAGAGUUGUCGGGGUCUAUAGCGAAUAAAGGGGCAGCUAUCAGUGGGUGUACGUCAAACGGGAAUAUUGUUAUAUAGCAAAUGUGGUUCCAUUCGAAGCCAUAAUCCAGUUUUUGAUUCCUCUUUACAAAUCUUAAAUUAUUUGACAAGCUUACUUUUAUUUGGAAUAAUUAGCAAGAGAAAUGAAAUGAGAUCCUUUUCUCGCACCGGUGUUGUCUGGAUGGGUAUACGUGAUCCCCACGGUUGCGCUUGUGAAGUAAAAAUCGGUCUAUGUCCCUAUUCAUACAGAGUAGCAAACUUUUUUAUCGCCUACAGAAACGCGGUUUGAUAUCGCGUGCUGGAAAAAAAAAGAUUAAAUAAAUUGGCAAAAAAUGUCUGGAUUUCACCGUGCAGGAAUCAUGACUGUGCCGUAUUUUCUCCAUUCGGUAGCUGUAGAGUUUUAAUAACUGACCGCGCUAGUCAUGGCGUUGAGGACUAAGCUGAUUCGGAAAUGUCCGAAAAGAAAUUGUUUUGUUCAUUGCGUUUUAAAUCUCCCUGUUCCUGUAUGAUAGGUCAAUUCCACGGUAACAGUCACUGGUUUCGGUGCUUACCCUGUGAACUCAGUCUGAAAAAGCACAGUCGCAACAAAAAGACUUAGCGACUUCUCAUUUAAAAUAUAAGUCACCAUGAUCCCCGCGGAGAGGUGACAGCAAAAAUGCCUGCGCCGUCUCCCGAGGGACCAUAAAACGGAGAUGUGGUGCUGCUGCCAAACAGCCCUCGCAAUCCAGAUGCUGGACUCCUCAGAGAGAUUGAUAGACGCAGAGCACGUCAUCUGUAAUGUUCAUAUAUUUCCUCAUCUGUACUGACGACUGAUCAGAAACAUGCUGCAAAAAGAGACGCGGAGAGAAGGGGAUUUAAAAAAAUAACGCUCAACUCAAAUUACACCUUAUGGCAGGAUCGCCGAGGAAUCAUUGGUCGGAGACGGGAGCGGAGAGUUGACGGGGAUUUCCACUGGGGGGUCCUACAAUGGAAAAAAAUUGUUUCCGAAAAGCCUCAACCGUCUUUCCUUCUGAACUGCGUACUGGAUUAAAGAUGCUGCGUCUUAACGUGAUCUACAUCAGCCUCCUAUGCUCCCUGUCGCAAGCUUUUUACAGGGGACCUCUGCACCCAGAGAUGUCCAACGGCACUUUUCAUCAUUACUUUGUACCGGAUGGGGACUACGAAGAAAACGACGACCCUGAAAAAUGCCAGAUGCUUUUCCAGGUGUCCGACGAUCGUAGCUGCGGGAUUGAAGCCGAUCUGGAAACUUUUCUCAAAGAGGAGAUGACCACCAUCAAAAGACAAGUGGAAGACGCGGCGCGAGUCUUGGAAGGAGUUGGGAAAAAUAUCGCCUAUGAUCUGGACGGGGAAGACAGUUAUGUAAACUACCUUCGCCGGGAAGCCGCGCAGAUCGGAGAAGCUUUCUCGCAUUCGGACCGCUCUCUGGUCGAGCUGGAGGUGAAAUUCCGACAGAGUCAAGAAAACGAGGUGAGGGAAGUGAACAAGAUUAACGACGAAGUGGUGAACAUGCUGUAUCACACCAGAGAGAUUUUGAGGGAGACGCGAGAGAUCUCGUCUGGGUUAAAAGAUAAACACGAACUUCUCACCCUAAUCGUCAGAAGUCAUGGGACAAGGCUGAGCAGACUGAAGAAUGAUUUUAUGAGAGGCUGAGAUCCGUUUGACCACAAUGGAAUAUCUUCACCCGUUCUCCCGUUCUCUAGUAAUAACAUUUCAUUACUUCUGCAGCAUAUUUAUCAAAAUAUAUUGUCGUAAUGUGAGAUCUGACGGGCAACAUGUGUAAAUGAUCCCCUCCCCCAACUUAAUAUUGCAUAUAAACUAAUACAGCAUAUCAAGUCGGUUUGCGACCAGCGUGGCUAUUUAAAGCGAGGAGGUUCAUAAACGUGAUCCUGUUAUUCUGUCGAUUUUUUUCAGUGUUUGUUGAACGUUCAUUGCUACGUAUGUUUGCCGCCUUUAAAUAUAUACCUAUGUGUCAUUUCAAACACCGCAGGCAGGUACAAGUAUUUUAAUACAAAAAAAAUAAAAGUGUUUUUUUUACCGCA